AUGGCCCCAGCCCGCAAAACCACCAUCUCCACCCUCUCGAACGCCACCAACCAAUCCGCCUCCCGCCUAAUGUCCCUCGCCCCCGAACUCCGCAACAGAAUCUACGAGUUCAUCUUCGAGGACCAAAUGGUCACCCUCAAAUCCAAGUCCAAAUCCAACCCUUCAGGCCGCUCCAAAGUCCCCGGCAUCCUCAUGACCUGCAAGCAGACAUACACCGAGAGCCUGCAUAUCUUCUUCAACAAGAGCGUCUUCCUCUUUACUAGCAUGCAGAAGCUUGGUAGCUGGAUGCGCAAUAUCGGCCCCGCGAACCGGCGGGUUGUGGGGAGGGUCGAUUUCCGCACGCAUCACAAUGCGGUCAAUAAGGGGCUUGGGGAGCAUAGUUUGGAGCCGUGGCAUGGGGGAAUUGCGGUCAAGAUUGGGGUUGUUGAGCAGGAGCUCAAGCGUCAUGGGGUUGUGCUUGGGGAGGGCAUGUUGAGGGUGAGAGUUGUGUGUCCGAUUUUCGAUGUGGAGGCUAUCUUUUCGAAGGUUGUGGGCGAAGAUGGGGUGGAGAAGAUUGUAAAGGGUGGAUGUCUUGAGAUUGUGAACUAUUAG